AUAAUAACAGACGAACCAAACAGAAACACACCUGAAGAGAUUGAAGGUGAAUAACCUCUGUGUAUAAACCCCUCAGGUUUUAUUUUGGUUGGGUUUUCUUGUGGUGAGAAUAAGGAGGAACGCGGAAAUGACCGUCGCUAUGACUUGGCUAAAGGAGAGGAUAUUCUCCCAGUACCUUCGGGAAAAAACACAUCUGGAAAACAGUUUAACUAUUUUUUCGAGUCCUCGAUCUAAACCGAAGAAACGGUGAAAUAAGACAAAAACAAAAUGAGGACAAACAAGUUUGUGACGCUCACGAUCUUGUGCAAUCCGCUACUAUAUUUCUUAACGAAAUUCUUCUGGGAAUGAUGCUGCACAAAAAAUAUCCCUAUUGCUGUGACCUACAAGAGAUAUGCCAUCAUCAUCUUUCUCAACUAUAAUCCGGCGCCUUGAAUGGAUACAGCAAAAAAAGAGCUCCUAUAUGAAAUUUCAAGUUGUCCCAAGGUUAAGGGCAUCAAGUUAUACGAGUCUCUCCUAUUACGAAGAAAGAAUUUCAAAGUCAAGGCGUGUUAUAUCAACUGUCAACGAACUCUCCGUUUCGUUUUACCUGCGUGAAAAAUCCAUGAAAUGGAAUAUUCGCACCACAUAAAAAUUUAUUGACCAGAACUUCUCCCCCCACACACACAUCAAUCAUCGAGCUCAACGAUCCGUUUCUAUCUCUUUGUCUUAUCUAAAGAAGAAAUAAGGUAGUAUAUCUUUAAAUGGAAAAGAAAAUUAUUGGCUUUUCCCCCGCCAGGGUUUGGUGCAAUUUUCUUAGCUUUGCCCGGCUCCACAUCUGUUCCGGGUGUACUGAGCUCAAAAAGAAGACGAGGAAAGAUAUGGCGAAGAAGAAUAACGGCUUAUCGUGGCUGCUGUCUGACGGCCCUGGAGGUACACAGUCGGUGCGGAUGCAGAGGUGUUUCACCUAUUCAUAGUCUCUACCUGUUGGAUGGGUGCACUCAACGGCAGACGGUGGGGUUUCGUCCUCCAGCUAAAAAAGACGAGCACUCGCAGCUCAGAGGAUCAGUUGACUCUUGAACGUUCUACCGUGCACAACACAAGAAGAAAGCAAGGAAAACUUGAAAUUUGAAUCAUAGAAAAUUCUUUAGAAACUUAAAAAAGAAAAUGAAACUCGCAGUUUUGGGUUCCCUUGCCGCUGUUGCUGCCACCACAGUCAUGGCCAACGACCAGCAAUAUCAACACGAAGAACACUACGAAGAAAUCCCAGAGGAUGAAGAUCCUUUUACCAGCAGAUCCCUUGCCAACAGUCCCGUUCCUCUUCCCGUCCUGGCCAUGUUGACCAUGAUGAAUUUCUUCAACGCCCUCCAGGAGGACUGGUCUGAGGAGGAUGGUCGUGAUGGAGAUAUGGAUUCCAACAGCAAUCCUGGCCGAUUUUCCGGUGUUUGGAAGAGAAUGAAGGGAGUUCCAGGCGUAUUGUACGAGACUUCCUCAAUGAUGGCCCCACUGACUCUUCGCUACAUGCUCAGCGAGGACUCUGAUCAUCCCCACUGCCAACAGGUCAUGCUCUGCGAGUUGAAUGUCAAGGUUAAGCAACGCUUCGGCAAGCCCGGAGAGAUUGCCAUGCAGUUGGCCAGUUCAAUGGCCGGUUACGCCUUGGGCGGUAAGGACGCACAGCGUUACGAUUCUUUGGUGGAUGCUGCCCGUAACGGACGCCGUGGAAAGGAAUGCCACGAGCUCUACCCCAAGUGCCCGGCCCGUAGCGAUGGCUCAGCUGUUCCGGCUCUCCUCAACUUGGCCAGUCGCCUCAUCAAGAACUAAAACAACCUGUCCUUAACAACAACAACAACAACAAUUUGAUUAUUUAUUUUAUAACCCAUCCCGGCUAUUUAUUAUCUCGGCAAAAUUCUUCGACAAAAUUAAUCAUUUGAUGAACAAAAAAAGAAACAUUUUUUCGGUGCAUCGGUUAUGGUGCACAAAAUAAGGACAUUAAGUGCAUGGGGGAGUAUGGCCGUCCAGGGUGUUUGGUUUAUAACUUUUUCUUUUGUCAACUUUUAUAAGAAUUCUUACUUAACAACAACAGCAGCCCCACACUCAAAUGACGGAUGUUAUUAUUGUUAACUUUGAUUCUCUUCCCACGGUACCCUAUGUACAUAUUUAAGUGGUAUGCGAUUUUAAUUUAUAUUCGAUUUAUUGGAAUGUCGGCAACAAUUUAUGUGCUGCUUUUACCUUUCAUUCCAAACACAAAUCACCUGCUUCAAUGGCUGUUGAAAAUUUUGAAAUACAUUCGGAAGGGAUCAAAAGAAAUUUUGAUUUCUCUUUAACGUAAUCGAA